CUCACAUUUAUAUUAAUACCACCCUCAGCCGGCAAAACUAUAUUAAUUUGGCAAGUGCUUCCGAACCACCAAGUUUAUAACAAUGAACAACAUGCGGAUGCUUGCGGAAGAGGAGGAGAACGACGAUGGGACUGAGGUUACAUGGGAGGAUCAGCAGCGUAUCAACACGUUCUCCAAACUGAAUACUCGUCUCAGGAGCAUAGAGGAACGACUCGAGGAACUGAAGCAAGAGAAAGAAGCAUUAGAUGACCUCUCUACAGAGCUCGAGCUCACUGACGAGGAUGAAAGUGUGCUAUACAAGAUCGGCGAAUCUUUUCUUCACCUACCUCAACCCCGCGCGAUGAAACGACUUGAAAAGGAUCAGGCAGCGUUAUCUGCUCAAAUCUUGGACCUAUCAGCAGGGGCGGAACAAUGCGAAAAGGAGAUGAAGGAGCUAAAAGUUACGUUGUACGCCAGGUUUGGCCGCGCAAUCAACCUCGAUGAAUGAUCGGUAUCAGCGUAAAGUAUCACUCAGACAUCGGGAUGAU